CCAGCCUAAAAGUGCAAUCAGAUGACGGUCAUGAAGCGUUGAAGAAACUAAAAAAGUUGCGCAAAAAACUGCGUGAAAUUGAAACAAUCGAACAACGUAUUAAAACUGGUGAGCUUAAGAAACCUGAAAAAGAUCAACUAGAUAAAGUGAAGCGGAAAAAGGAUAUAAUCAAGGAAAUUAAACAGCUUGAAGAUGAAGAGCAGGCGUUGUCAAAACGAAAGGCAAAUGACUAAAUUGUCUUGCUGCCCGCGGCAUUAAAUAAACGUCAUGCGGCUCUGAAGUGCCAUGAAACAAUGUACGAGAUGAACUGUAUUUCCUGUACACCAACACCCACUGAUUGUCUAGCCUUCGGGUUGACAAACCUCAGCUAAUUAAUACAUAAAUAACUGAUCUAGUGUUAAUAUUUUAAGGACUUUCUUAUUUUAAUAUCUAUACAAAAAAAGUUUUUAAACUUUCCGUUUUAUUUAAAUACUUAACUGCUUGUUUUUUGUACAUUAAGAUUAGUGAUAUUAAAUUUUUAUUUAUGUAUAUUUGCGCACGAUAACUGUGCAUUACAAAAAUGUUAUCAAAAAUUGAGGUUAAAAUGUGUUUUUAGCGCAAAAAUGAAAAUUGCAUAUUUAUAGGCACAAACUUAAAAAAUACAUUAGUUUUUAAUUAGCGAUUAGUUUAAACUGGUUUAAUUUUGAAAAUGUUGCUAUUUUAAACAAUUUUAA